CUCCCAGAUCCCGAUCGGGAAGUGCCGCAGAUCUUAUCAAUUUCCUUAUCAAUUUUCACGUUUUUCCGCCUCCAAAAUACCCGCCUUCUCCGCCUCGACUGGCGUCCCCUCUCCACUGCCCGAGACACUUCUGUCUUUGCUUUUGCAGUCUAUAGAGAUCUCUUGCUAUUCUUGUCCCUUUGUUUUGCCACUCGUUUCGCGCCCUUCCUUGUAUUUCACUCGUCGAAGAGGCGUCGAGCCACCGUCAUCUGUAUCUUCAUCGCUAUAAUCUCCUAGAUUUUCGCAAUUUUAUCGUGCUUCCCGAGAGAUGGAGCGAUAGUGAGGGUGCCGUUCAACGGCCUUGACGGACAUCUCACAUUGUUUUCGGUCAUGCAACCGCUUCUUGUGCAUAUUUUUCAAAAGAUAUUCUCUUUAGUUAUUGUGGCGGCUACCGUUUGAUACCAUCAUCUCAGCAUACAUUUAUUUUGUUGUUUAUAUUCUGUUGGAACCUUUUUUUUUUUUUUUUUUUUCACCCCUUUUUGAUAAUAUGACUUUCUCCGUUCUUGCUCGCAAACGGCGCCGACAGCUUUCGCCUCCCUCCCCUCACAUCGUCUCUCGCAAGUCAUCCGUGGUGAUGGUUCCGGCAUUGCCUAUGACCCCCCCGGAUCCCGAUGUCGACCCAAUCCCAAGUAUCAACCCGACCGCGUCGGCCUUAGAUACGGUAGUCCAUGUGAUCUCCACGGAGCGGGCAGCUUUGGCGAACUUGGAGCGGAUGUAUGCGACCGAUCCGUUUUCUAGGGAGAGCAUGGAGCGCGCAGUCGAGCAAAUCGCAAAAACAAUCAACGUCGGAGGGAAACUUGUCAUCUGUGGAGUGGGCAAGAGCGGGAAAAUUGGCGAAAAAUUGGUCGCUACAAUGAACAGUUUCGGCAUUCAGAGCUGCUUUUUGCAUCCAACGGAGGCUUUGCAUGGGGAUUUGGGUAUGAUAAAACAGAACGAUACUCUUCUUUUCAUCACGUUUUCGGGUAAAACGUCGGAGUUAUCUAUGGUCCUUCCGCAUAUUCCACCCAUGUUACCGGUGAUAGCGAUCACGGCACAUAUGCAGCCAUCGUCGUGCGCUCUGCUUUCUGAUUCUGAUAUCCGAUAUACAAUUUUGCUCCCAGCUCCGGUACAUGAGCGUGAGGAAAUAUCUUUCGGCUUGCCUGCACCAACAACAUCGACAACUGUUGCGUUAGCGGUGGGUGAUGCGCUCGCUCUUGCCGUUGCUAGAAGCCUGCACACUAUCCCUGGAAGGGGUCCAGCAGAAGUUUUCAAAGAGUUCCACCCGGGAGGAGCUAUUGGCGCCGCGUUUGCUUCAUCUUCUUCAUCCGCGUCGGAAACGCCCUCUCGAAGUUCGGCAUCAUCCGCCACGAGCUCACCCACACUUGUUGGGCUAAAUGGUGCCCUUGACCAGCCAAAUGGAAUCAAUACUGCCCUGCAGCAGUCUCACCAAAAGUUAAUAUCCGAUAUUGCAACUCCAUUAUCGUAUAUACCAAUUAUUUCGCAGCUUGAACCAUCAUCGUCAAAUACUCGCAUAGCGGACGUCCUGGCGGCGGCCGUGCGCUGUCCCAAAGCAAAUUUCUGGGUCUUAAUGACCACGGAUUGCAUAAUUUCACCAACACGCCUCCGCUUUCUGGCGGGUGAUCGCGAUCCUGGAACUCGAUUGUGUGAUGUUGACGAUAAAAGUCAUGUCGUUGUUAAACAAAACUGGAUUCGUGUCCCAAAAUCAUCAUCCCUAGCGACUGUGCGGCAAAUCCUCAAUGAUAUCGACUCUUCAAGCAAAUAUGAGGGUGCUGUCGGAAAAACUGGAAAGCUACCUGGAAAAGACCGUGUAGUUGCGAUCACAGGUGAAAAGUUUGAGGACGAUGUGUAUGGUUUCGUUGAAGAGCAGGAGGUUUGGCGCGGCGAUAUGUAAUCACCUGGAUUCCUCUUCCUUUACGGGUAACCCCUGAACAGAAAGCAUCGAAAUGAUUGUUAUGAACUUGAAGUCAGCCCCUGUCGACUUCUGCAUCCAAAGAAGCAUAUAUACUUAACCAUCUAUCAUUCUUGAGCAUAGAUAAAGAUGAUUUCUAUUAUUGUU